GCACCGAGCAUGGAGCCCACCUUCCCGCCCAGCAUGAUCAUGUUCAGCCACCUGCCGCCCGUCACCAGCUUCGCCCGCCUGGGCUCCGACCUGCUCCCCCCGCCGCCCCCGCCGGCAGCCCCCUCCUCGCUCCCGGGCCCCGGCGACAUGAUCCUGAAGAAGGAGCCCUGCUCCCCGCCGCAGCCUGGGGACUUCCUGCACAGCCUGGCCGCCAUCAAGCAGGAGAAGAUGGGCGAGCACGAGCACUACCGCUUCUACGGCGGGGACAGACAGGCAGAGAUCCUGGAGGUGACCGUGGGGGGCCCCGGGAUCAUGCCCGACCUGGGCCUCAACCGAGAGCUGUUAAUAAGGACUGAAAAAAAUGGCUACGAUCCAAAACAGAGUCCAUCCAUGAAGAAGACCAGGAGGCCAAACUCAGAAGCUCAGGAAGCAAAAUCCAAACGCAGGCGGAGUGACUCCUCUAAAUCUCUAGGUGGUGAUUGUGAAGCUGCUAAUUUAUCUCCUAAUCAGAAACCUCAUAUAUGUGAACACUGCAAUUCUGCUUUUAGGAGUUCCUAUCAUCUGCGUAGGCAUGUGCUGAUACAUACAGGUGAAAGACCUUUUCAAUGCAGCCAGUGCAACAUGAGUUUCAUUCAGAAGUAUUUGCUGCAACGGCACGAAAAAAUUCACAGCGGGGAAAAGCCUUUUAACUGUGAUCAGUGUAACAUGAAGUUUAUCCAGAAGUACCACAUGGAGCGACACAAGCGAACACACAGUGGAGAAAAGCCAUAUAAAUGUGAUACAUGUCAGCAGUUCUUCUCAAGAACCGAUAGGCUGCUGAAGCACAAAAGAACAUGUGGUGAAUCUAUCAACAAAGGAUCGAUGGAGCCUGGGUCUUCAAACCCUAAUAUGGAUAAUUUGUCGGGUAACUUUGACUUAUCUCAGGGAAACUCCAAUUUUUCUGGGCGUAAGAAAGGCAAGUCCAGAAAUGGCUCAGCACACAAGGACCAGAAGCCUGGGAACAAACAUAAUGAGCCUAACAUGGCAUCGAGUCUCAACAUGCAGAAUUACUCGGUGGACCUUCCACUUGUGUCUUCUCUCGGCGGUUCAUCUGAUGCUGGUAUGGAUGGCAUGGACACCAAGGUGCCAAAAUUGGUUUUUAAGAAGGUAAACCGGAAGCAUGCAGAUAAAAAUGAUCUCUCUCUGGAUCAUCAAUCCAACAUGGGAAUGCAGAAGCUAUCGGAGAAGACAAAUAGCUCACUUGAUAUGGUGGGAAGUACUAAUGUAGACACAAUGAGCCUCCUUCAGAGCUCAAGUAACAAAGGCCAUAACAGUAGCAAUUAUGACGAUGCCAUGCAGUUCCUGAAGAAAAGAAGAUAUUUGCAGGCUGCUAACAGCAACAAUGCUUACGCAGUCAAUGUAGGGCACAUGGUGACACAACAGUCUGUCAUUCAGUCAGCGGUCUCCAGUGUUAUGGAUGGGGAGAACCCAUUGACUCUUAUAGAUUCCCAGUCACUGAAUGUCGAUUUAAAGAACUGUCAUGACAAAACGGUCAUUCCGGACGAGGUCCUCCAAAGUAUCUUGGAUCACUACACUCAUAAAUCAGUGGUGCACCCUGAUGUUCCUUUUAACCUUUCUGACCACCAUAUAGAGAUGCAUACAGCAGGAGACGGCAAUGAUCUAGUGCAAGAGGAAAACGUCUGCUCAGACUCUCAAUCUACGUCAGGCGAUAAAACCAAUAUGUUCCAGGAGUACUCGAAGUACCUACAGCAAGCUUUGGAAAGAACAAGCCAUACAUCAACUUUCCCACUGGGACCCAGUUUUCAGUUUGUAAGCCUUUCUUCGUCUCUCACGAACCCUUCUUUUUUCUCUGAAAAACAAAUUUACACUACAUCUCCUCUUGAGUGUGGAUUUAAUCAGUCUUUAAGUUCAGUAUUGCCUUCCACUAUGCCAAAGUCACAUUUUGGCAUGGUAUUAGGCCCCCAAACAGGCUUUUCAUUGUCCUUGGAGGCAACACAUCAGCAGCUGACUCCAUCUCAAGAGCUGACUGACCAAAUUGACCCACAAAAGACCUUAGACUCCUCUAACUACCAGAUAUCAUCUCAGGAAUUGAACGGGCAGAAAGAUCAGCAAAAGAACCUAGAAUCUUCAGGCUUUCACCUUCAACCUCAGGAGUUGGCCAAUCAGUUGGAACAGCAAAAAGACAACAGACCACAACAGAUAGAGAACUUUGCACAAGCAUUUGGUUCUCAGUUCAAAUCUGGCAACAGGGUGCCAAUUUCAUUUAACACUACCACUGACGGGGGGGUGGAUCACAGGUUAAGGACUUCAACAUCAGAUUUCUCAGGUUUCUCCAAUUUGCUAUCUGAUGUUAGUGAAGCAGGUAGCACAAGAGUCAAGACUUCAACUAGUCAAAGUUUCAGGUGAGGCUAUGAGUUUAUCCAGGCUUCAGAAGUUGAGGAGGAAAAAAAAAAAAACAUGGUGUAUUUUUAUUUUGAGAACACUGCCAAUAGAAUGUUACUACACAAUCGUAAUAAGAGUAAUGUAACCUAUGCCCUGUCAAUGCAAAGU